AUGUGCUCAUCAGCGAUUGGAGAAAAUGACUAUUCCCUGCCACCGGCUUUGGAUUUACAGCUCGAUAAGAGCGUUUUCAAACGAAAAGAGAUAUUUUUCGCUGUUGGGCUACCUCUAGGUAGAGAAUUCAAAAACAUUUGCUCUAAAAUUCAACGCUUCGGCCCGGGCUAUAUUUCUCUGCCCAAGUUCAACAAAAUCUACGAAGACUCGAAUGGAAUCAAACGCAAACUUGUUCCAGUUCGAAGCAUUGAGGACCCCAAAGAUUGGGAAUUUCUUCGAGAACUUAAUAUCGACAUACCAGAGGCGCCAGAUGAAGAAAUUCGUUAUUUGAAAUCUCAUCCAGACGCUGCUCUCAUUGAGAAUUGUUCUCCAAACCAAGGGGGAUUGGAUAACAUAUUGCCUUCAAAACCAUCAGCCUUUCGUCUUUCCAUAGAUUACGAAAAUAUUACAUUUGAACGUGCUAUUAAAACCGUUUUACCACCCGAUAUGGACUCUGUUACUAGCUUCUCAUUGGUUGGCCAUGUGGCUCAUUUUAACCUGAAACCCGCCGCUCUUCCUUACCGCAAGUUGAUCGGUCAAAUAGUUAUCGAUAAACUACCGCAUGUGCGGACUGUAGUUAACAAGGCAGCUAAAAUCGAUACAGAAUUUCGCACAUUUGCUGUGGAUUUAAUGGCAGGCGAAGAGAACUAUCUCACAGAGGUCAAAGAAAAUGGAGUCACUUUCCAUCUUGAUUUCUCUAAGGUCUAUUGGAAUUCUCGCCUUGGAACCGAACAUACAAGAAUUGUGGAUGAGAUUAAAGGGGUUGCCAAGCUCUCUGAGACUAAACCGGUUGUAGUGUAUGAUGUAUUUGCUGGCGUUGGACCCUUCUCCUUACCCCUAGCCCGUUCAGAUGCAUGUGAGGUCUUAGCGAAUGAUCUUAACCCCGUUUCAUUUCAUUUUCUCAAAGAAAAUGUUCGUAAAAAUAGCUCAAGGAAACACCCUCUUACUGAAGACAAAAUCCAGUGUUUCAAUCUGGAUGGACGCGAAUUUAUCAAACAGGUAGUGCUUCCACAUUUCGAGACGGCAUUACAAUCUGAUGUGUCUCGGUUCUUCAUGUUGAUGAACCUCCCGGGCUUGGCCAUAGAGUUUCUUGACGUAUUCCGAGACUUUUGCCUUGAAAAUGGUACAUCUAGACCUAUUCAUACUCGAUGCUACUGUUUCAUUCGACACACUUUAGAAGGUGGCACUUCUAAGGCCCUAAAACAUCAAGAGGCGGAUACGUUGGCCCGUGAAAGGGUCUGUGGGGCGUUGGGUAUUGAUCCUGCGUCUAUAUUGCUCGAUAACUCCCAAUGCACAUCUUCACUUCCUUGUGGAAUUCAUUUGACGAGCUGGAAUGUGCGUUUUGUAAGAAAUACAGCCCCACUGAAGGAUAUGUAUUGCCUUGAAUUCGACCUACAACUUCCUUGUGACAGAGGAUCAAAACGUCCUAGAAUAGAGUAA